AUGAAGGUAACACAGGUGAGAUGCCUUCACAGGACAGCAGCGCCGCGUUCCAGCGGAGGAGCCUUGUUCGUGCACAGAGAUAGUCCUGAAAACAACCCAGAUACGCCAUUUGAGUUCACACCCGAGAACAAAAAGCGAAUAGAAGCCAUUGUGAGCAGCUACCCUGAGGGACACAAGUCUGCAGCUGUCAUGGCAGUCCUGGAUCUGGCCCAGAGGCAGCACGGCUGGUUGCCCAUAUCAGCUAUGAACAAGGUUGCUGAGGUUUUAGAGAUGCCCCCCAUGAGGGUGUACGAGGUGGCCACCUUCUACACCAUGUACAACCGCCGGCCGGUGGGCAGGUACCACAUCCAGGUGUGCACCACCACGCCCUGCAUGCUGCGCGACUCCGACAGCAUCCUGGAAGCCAUCCAGAAGAAACUUGGGAUCAAGGUUGGGGAGACGACCCCUGACAAGCUCUUCACUCUGAUUGAGGUGGAGUGUUUGGGUGCCUGUGUGAACGCCCCCAUGGUCCAGAUCAACGACAAUUACUACGAAGAUUUGACACCCAAAGACAUUGAAGACAUAAUCGAUGAGCUGAAGGCUGGAAAAGUCCCCAAACCUGGCCCAAGGAGUGGCCGUUUUUCUUGUGAGCCAGCUGGUGGCCUCACUUCCCUGACAGAACCACCCAAAGGACCAGGGUUUGGAGUUCGAGCUGACCUCUAAGGGUUUUGUAAUGUCAGAUGAACUGUCUGAAAAGAAUAAAGUAACUUUAAUCUCAGUAAAAU